AAAAGUACUAUUUCCUGAUUUUCCGGAAAGGAGAAAAGAAAAGAAAAUUGUCUCCCGGAAAAAGGAGAGUGAGACCUCGAAGAUCGAAAGAUCAAAAACCUGAUUUUUGGGUUAAUUCCAUCUUGGUUUUUUCCAUUUUCAUUUUCAUUUUCUAUUCUUUUUAUCCCGCGCAGCGCAACCGCCCUAAUCCCAAACCCUCUUCUCGCUCUAGCCCAAUCAUCUUCCCGUUUCCUGUGAUUAGGGUUUUUACUCUUUCCUGUUUGUGAUCCAUUCUGUUCUCUGAACAUUCGAUUGAAAUGCCCUAGGGCGUUUGAAUCGUUCCGUAGCGUUCGAUGGUGGAGGAGAAGAGCAGCGGCGGCGGCGGCGAUUCGUCUUGGGUUUCGUCGCAUUUCGUAGCCGUGGGUGAUCGGCAGAGGUUCACGGUCGAACUCAGGCCUGGGGAGACUACACUUGUUUCGUGGAAGAAGCUGGUCAAGGACGCCAACAAGCUUAGUGGUUCUUCUUCAUCGGCGCCUGAGCCUCCGCCUUCCAACGCCCACUCCGCCCUCGAGUCUCGCAUCACCCCGGUACAACCUGCUGAGGCAGAACUCCAGGAUGCGCCUGCUCCAAAUCGUUUUAGUGCCGUUAUUGAGAAGAUUAAACACCUUUACAUGGGUAAGCAAAGUAGUGAUGAAGAAGAUCUUAAUGAUUUUCCUGAUGAUGAUCAGUAUGACACAGAAGAUUCAUUCAUAGAUGAUGCUGAGCUGGAUGAGUAUUUUGAAGUUGAUAAUUCAGCGACGAAACAUAAUGGGUUCUUUGUUAAUAGGGGGAAGUUGGAAUACAUAAAUGAACGUACCUUAUUACCUAAUCAGCAACUGAAGAAAAGGAGGAGGAAAGAUUUGAUGAAGGCUUAUGGUGAGGGUGAUGAUGCUCAUAUACUAAAUAAACAUGUAAAAUUGACCAAGAAGGCCGCUGGAAGGUCAGCAGAUUCAGCACCAUCUGCUGGGAAGCAUUCUUCUACUCCUCAGAAUGUAGCUUUGGUAUGUGAAAAGCGUGAAGAUGUGAAACCUCAGAAUCAAUUAAAUGCUUCUGUGGCAUGUGUAAAAAAGAAACCUGCUGAUACAAGAACUUCAGAGAAUCCUCCUCCAUCUUCAAGAGCUCCAAAUGUUGAUGCAUCUACAUCUAUGGCGGAUUCUAAGGAUAAUGAAAAGCAGAAGACAGGAAUCUUCCUCCAGCCUAAGAACCUUGGUAAUAAAUUGAAAGAUUCUAGUGGAUUUUCUGAGGAUUCACACCAGAAAUAUCAGGACAGAAGUGCUCAUGCACAGGAGAAAUAUCAAACUGGAAGACAAUUGAGCAGUACUAAUGAACAAGAACUAGCAGUUCGGGCAGAAGAAAAAAAUGGCAUUCGUGAAUUGCCAGAUCUAAAUAUCCCUGAGGUCAAAUAUCCUGUGCAAACAGUGAAAACACCGCACAUGCAUAGAAAGGAAGGUUCUAGUGUUAGGCCAAAAAGCACAAUGCUUGAAGAGGCCAUAAGAGAGCUGGAGAAGAUGGUUGCAGAAUCACGACCACCAUCUAUGGAAGUUCAGGAUGCUGAUACUUCAUCCCAGGCUGUGAAGAGGAGAUUGCCCCGAGAAGUAAAGCAGAAGCUUGCUAAAGUUGCUAGAUUAGCGGUAGCCAAUCAGUGUCUAAUGGCACGUGGUGGCCUUGAGGUAUGCUUGAGAUCAUCUUCCUCAAAGGAUAGAUGGUAUAUGGACAAUGGAUGUUCACGACAUAUGAUUGGGGAUAAAGCUAAAUUCGCGCUCAUCACACCAAAGGACGGAGGAUUUGUCACUUUUGGGGACGAUGCAAAAGACAAGAUUAUAGGAGUAGGUAAAGUUGGUAAAAAUACAUCACUUAUUAUAGAUGAUGUUUUACUGGUUGAUGACUUAAAACAUGACUUAUUAAGUAUAAGUCAACUGUGUGAUAAAAGUAGUAUCCUUUGAACAUGACAAGUGCAUUGUUGAAUGUAAAACUAAUAACAAAAUUCUAUUUAUUGCUGAUCCUUAUGAAAAUGUAUAUAUUACCAGUUUUGAUAA